AUGUCAAGUAGAAACCUCAUUGCUAGUAUCCCCGUGGUAACAAGGUUAUAUUGUCCAAAAGGAUUAGCCAUGGAUCUGAUAAAAAACUCUGAUACAGAUGAUCCAAGCACUAACUCUAAUUAUGAGUUAUUAAAUUCUGCUUAUGUCUGGCAGAAUGGUAACGUCACCAACGUUGAAGAGGAUCUAGAAAAAGGAGGCUCUGGUUAUAAGUCAGAAGAGUUUUCAGAUCAGUCUACUAUGAAUUUUCUUUUUUUUUUUUAUGACGCUUUUAAGGCUGAGGGUGAUGAGCAAAUAAAUUUGUUUUUACAAAUUUACGAAGAGUAUAACGAACUCUCUCAAACUUAUUUUAAACAAUCACGUUGGCCAGCUCCGGAAGUUGUUUCUCACUACUUUAGCAACCAGGAUUCUCACCAUCUUUUUCUUGUCUUAUAUAAAGAAUUGUACUACCGUCAUAUCCAUACCAGCUUCGAGCCGACUUUCCAAGAGAGACUAUCAAGCUUUGAAAACUAUUGCAACUUUUUUCACUGCAUCCUAUCUAGUAAAGAGGCUAUUAAACUUGAGCUUCCCCACGCAUGGCUUUGGGAUAUAAUUGAUGAGUUUCUAUAUCAAUUUCGGUCUUUUUCACGACGCUCUAAAGAGUUGAACUUGGAUCAAGAUGGCACUACAUGCACUUCCUUAAGUCCACAACAGUGGAACGUGCAUAUUGUGCUGAAUGUGUUACACUCUCUUGUGGAGAAGUCGAAUAUAAACGCUCAACUCCAAGCUUAUAGGGAAGGUCAGGAUCACCAGCACGUUGAGGCCGUAGCGGGUGGGUGCGGAUCGUUGAUGCUUUACAAGAUGCUGGGCUAUUUCUCACUAAUCGGGCUUUGCCGCGUCCAUUGUCUUCUCGGAGACUACCAUCAGGCCCUGAAUUUGCUCGAGAACGUCGAAAUCAACCGCAAGAUCUCCGCAAUUAAUUCUCUUCUAGUUUUAAGCUUACAGCUGUCUUCGUAG